GUGCAGAAGCAGCUGACACUCCGAGGAGGAGGUGCAAUUAUGUGUAAAUUAUUUUGCUUUGUACGGUUCUACGAACCAACGACUUAUAUUUAAAGCUGCUCUGAUUUCACUUAUUGGGAAGAGACAUCGAGUAACGCUACUUUUUGCCAUCACAGCAAAUUGGGAUUCAAGCUCAGUUAUCAUCUAUCUCCCUCCCCCCCUCAACCCCCUCCUCACUUGUCCUCAAGUUUUCACCUCCCUCCGACUGUCCCCCCCCUACAAGCCCCUCCUUCAGCAUGGGGAAGGGGGACGUGGUGUUCCUGAAUGUGGAGCAGCACUAUUUCCCCGAGAGUCGGGUGGAGUGUCACUACAGCCUGGGUCCGGGCCACAGGUGGGCCAGUGCGGACUGGAUCGGCCUUUAUAAGGUGGGAUGGUCCUCCGUCAGGGACUACCACACCUACGUCUGGGCCCCCGCCCCACAGGCCUGUGGGCAGGAGAGUAAUGCCCGCGGCUGCGUGCAUUUCCAAGCCUCAUACCUUCCCAGAUCGGGCGCUGUGGCCUACCAGUUUGUGUAUGUGGGGGGGAAGGGCGAGGUCUGUGCACAAAGCCGCCCCUUCACCUUCCGCUCUCCCAGACCGCUGGAUGACCUGGCCACACUGGACGGGGGGCGAGACGGCGAGGACUCUGGGGAGGAGAUGCUGAUGGUGGUGCCCAAGGCGGAUCUGCUGCAGACUCGCCUUGAGGGCUGCCUCGAGGAGCUCUCCGAACUGCGGCGGGUCAAGGAGGCGGCUGAAAAGAGAGAGAGGAGAGAUAGGGAUAUGAUGGAGAAGGCCAAGGAGGAGUGGGCCAAGCAGAGACUCCUGCUGGGGGCUGAGUCGCACGACCUGGAGGAGAAGCUGAAGAGGAGCAGGGAGGAAAUGGAGAAAAUUAAGGAGGAGACGAAGGAGGCGCAGUCCGCUCACGAGGCGCAAACAACAGAGAUGGAGGGCCUGCUGGCCGCGAGUCGACAGCAGGUCGGACAGCUGGAGGAAGACUUCAGGGCACUGAUGGAGCGAGGGCUAGAGCGAGAGUCUGAGCUGGAUAGGAUGAAGGAGAGGCUGCGACGGGUGUUGGCCCAGAAGAAGGAGGAAGAGGAGGAGAGGAAGAGGCUGGAGGCCAGGCUAGAGCAGUCGGAUGGGCAGCUGCGCAGUCUCACCACAGAGUUCCAGGGUCUUAGGAGCUCUGUGGCACAGAAGGACACCGAGGCUGUGCAACUGAGGCACUCAGUCGGCAUGCUGACUCAAAAGCUGAACACAGCCCUGAGCAGGGAGACAGAGCAAGAGAGUGCGCUGAGUGAGGUGGGCGUCCUCCGAGAGCGACUGACUAACAGCGAACGUGCGGGCGACAGCCUCCGUGCGGAGAUGGUGCGCCUGUCCGCACAGUUGGAUGCCGGUCAGGCCGAGCUGCACCAGACCCGCCUGCAGGUCGCCCGGCUCACCCUACAGCUGGCCGAUGGCAGCCUGGCAUUGCGAGAGGAACGCGCCGCCCAUGCACGCCAGCGGGAGGCGCUGUGCCGCAGCUCUGAGACGGAGAAGGAGCGGGCGCGGGAGGUGAGCGUGGAGGUCCGACGGAAGGAGCAAGAGCUUCAGCAGCAGAGGAUGGAGAGGGAGAAGCUGGAGGUGGAGUUGGAGAAGCAGAAGGACUGCCACCGUGUACAGCUGAGCGAGGCACGCAGGGAGCUGCAGGAGCUGAAGGCCAGCCUCCGUGUGGCCCACAAGGAGCAGGAGCAGCUGCUGCUGGAAAAGCAGGAUCUGGGGGCUUAUGCCCAGCAGCUGGAGCGGAGGCUGGAGGCGGUGGCCGUCACCCGCUGGAACGAGGGCCUCUUCAACUCUGGCAGCCGCCCCGACAGCCCGUCCUCCGACGGUGAGGAUGAGAAACCCGAGGCGUUACAGGGCCCGAAGCCCGGUGGCCCCCCCCUGGACGAGGCCCAGCGGGAACCGUACGAGCAACCCGUGGUCAUCAGCCAGCCACCCCCACUUUCAUCACCACGGCAACAGGGGCCUGACCCGCUAAGUCGCUGCUCCAGCUCGCAGGAAAGGCAGGAUCCAGACUCGGGCUCGUCAGGAGGGCAGGGUCCCGACGCAGAAUCGGACCCGCAGAGUCUGGAUGGGGGGGUCACCGUUCCUGGGAAACUCCCAGAAUCCCCUGUGUCGUGAUGCGUCCCCAUGAAGACUGAGGCUAGGAGGAGAGGCCACCGUGUGACCUGCUCUGUGCACGUGUGUGAGCUGCUGCGCGGACAGCACCCUCAGCGUGGUGUCACACGCAUUUCCCUGCACCGCCCGCGCUACGCCCCCCCCGGCCGACUACCCUUACAUGACAUCGCAUAACAUCGCCGCUCUCGCCCCCCACCGCACGGGAUUUAAACCACUACGAGCGUGUUUAAUGCGCCAAGCCGCCCUCCCCCACUCCCGCCCUGUUGGAAAUGUGGAAUAGCACACAGUCCGUCACGUAAUCUGCUCUAGCAGCUCGGCUGCGCAAAUGAGAUGCAGCCCUGCGUGGUGUAUAAAGCUGUAUAAAACAUAAAAACGUUUUAUAGAAUAUGAAAAGAGAUGGAGCUGGGGGCUGGUGGGGGGGGGCACUUACAUUCAGGGAUUUAAUCAUAUUCCUCCCCAUUCUCGCCUCCUUCACUGUAGCUAGGUUACAGACAACCUGCCACACUCACUCCUGCUUACGCUGACGACUCACCUCCCUUCCAUCUCUUUCAGCCCAGUGCAGUGCAGUGCUGUGCAGUGCUGUACUGCACUGUGCUGCACUGUGCCGUCACGCCUGCCUGCUGCAGAACAUGUUUUAUUUCCUUCUUGAAUUUUGCUUUUAUCGAAGAAAAAAAAAAAACAAACUGCACCUCAGUCGUACUUCGCUGUCAUAACAAUGAAGUGAUUUGCUGUGAUACCGAAGGAUGCAGCUAUGCAGUAAAUCCCGCUGUGUGAAGCGUGUCACACUUACCCAAACUCGCGCUGCCCCUUUGAGGGGAUGACGCCCCAUUUAUGUGACAAAUCAGACCUGAAAGAUUAACUGACCUUUUAUUUGUGUGUUUCCUUUUAGCAAAGCUGCCCUAACUUUAUCGUUCAGAUCAGGCAGCUGUAUUUACUGUAUAUAUCCGCUAGUUACUUGUGCAUUUUUAAGUUAUUAGGGUUUUAUAUUUGAAAUGUUGGAGAUUCUGGGCUAAUGCAUGAGUGCUGCGUUAGGGGCGUUAAAAUGUCAGGCAUGUGGGUGUUGUGAGACCCUACCACCUAAUCUACACCUGGGGUUAAAACCAUGGGUACUUGUUAGUGGGGGUGGGGGGAAGGUAUCUUGGCAAUGUCUGCCUUCCUGAAAGCUUUGGCAGUCAUUCGUUGGGUUUUUUGAUCGCGUAGCAUCCUUUGUAAGAUUUCUGUCAUUGUUAGGAGGUCCGAGGGUCUGUUUCAGUGGCGUUAGGGAACUCCGGUAUCAGGACUGGUGGUGACAUCGCAGUCUGCAAAUGCACACAGUCCCCAGCUGGAAUAGAGACCAGUGCAUGAAGGUGUGACGGAGAAUGAAGUCCCAUCUGUUAAGCCAUCGAGUAGUUCUGUAGCAAGGCCUGGGUCACUGUAUGUGCACAGAAAUGUCUGUAGAGUCCCGGGACAGAAGCGUGAAACAUUUUGAAAGCAUCGGUCAUGGGGCUGAUUCUGUAGGUGUGACUCUGCUGUGCCGACACCUUUGUUUGUUUUAGCCUCAGCUCACUGCAAUGAUUUCUAUGGUAUUGUUCUGGUACAAUGACUAUUUUAUAGGUGUGUCAGGGAAAUGCAGCUGAAUGGGCUGGUGGAAAGGCCUGGAGACAGGCUUCUGACUCUGAUAUGAGGGUGGUUUGUGCAACGUUCACGCUAAUUUAUAUUCGCUGCCGCAGAGUCUGCCGCUGGCUGAACAGACACAGGAGAGGGAACCGGAAGUGAAACUGACAUCAAGAACCGACCGCUUUGAAUUAUUGCUAUUCUUCCUUUUUUUCCCCCAUGUAUGUAAAUAUUUUGGAGUUGUUCCCCAAAGCUGACACAUGGCAAUUUUAUAUAUUAGUCAUGCUAAUAAUAGUAAUUAUCCUAAAAUGGGUGCAAGGUGUGGACUGGGAGUGGAUCCAAGGACAAGAGCAACCAGUUUAUCGGUAGUGCGGAAAGCAGGCAAAGGUAAACAGCUCAAAACUGUAGCUCCAACUCAAGCUGAACGCCAGAGAGUGAAUAGGGGCAGCGCUGGGCAAACGAACCGUAUCACAACAGGCAGGGAAACCGGUGAAGCGAGAGGAGAUCGCGAAGCUGCCUCAGGACUUCAGGCAAACCAGCCGGGUGCAAAGGCGUAACUUUGGGUUGAUUAUCGAGGGGGUUGAGGUCCCCAUCAUGAUAAUGUGAUUAUUUGGGGGGGGUGGUGAUAUUGGCUGGUUCUGAUUAUUGGGGCUACAGACAUACCCAGUAUCCAGGUGGGUGGGCCCAGUGGAGCGGGAACCAGCUGGUUCUGGCUGGAUGGACUCUCUUCUUGAUGUGGGGGGGGGGGUAAUACUAGGCAAAUUAGUUUGUCCUUUUUUCCCUUUAUCUACUGGUAAUAAUUUUCCUUUCCUGAUUUCCAUAAAGCUACCUAACUUUGCCCGAUGGGGGUGUUUCCUGGCAUGAUUUCAGUGACAUGGAUGUUAGUUCAGGACCAGCAGCCACUCGUUUUUUCCCCUGUAUAUUUUUUAACCCUCAAAGUGUGUGUUUAGUAUUGGUGUGUUUUUUUGGGUGUUGGCUGUUGGGGCGUCACCCGUUUUCACUGCUUGGCCUCCUGCCCCCCCUCCGCGGUGCGUGGAUGACGUUUUCUAUGUAAUAAAAAGCCAUGUGAUCCA